AUGGGUGCCGCGGAGUACCCGACCGAGUCUUGGCGAUUGCUGGCGAUCGUAGAGUUGGAUCCUCAGAAGGUGCGUAAUUUCUUCAAUUUGAAAGAUGUGUGCAGCCGGUUCGAGAGCGGCGCUUGCUGGAUGUCGCACAUCAAGUUCCAAGUGUUGUCCUACUACCCCGGGGGAGCAUCUGACGUCUGCACUCUGAGCCGUUUUCAGGUGUAUGGUAGCACGUUGAUGCAGGGUCUGGAGACGAAGAUGAAGACGAAGCCGCGGGACAAAGACGAAGCGCCCGUCAGUGAUGAGGGCCAAGAGUGCAAGCAGGCCCCUGCGAUCCCCAAAAUGGUAACCGUUCCUUAUCACUACCCCCCGGACCUCUUAUACCUGCGAAGUCUAAUGACCACCGACCACUGCCUCAGCCCCCUCGUCCUGGGCCAGGAACGCGAACUGCUACCUGACCAAGCCCGCAGUCCUCUGCCUUGGACGCGAGGCAUCCUCUCCUGGAACCGGAUGCGAGAGGCCGGCCGGCCAGGUGACCUGGAACGGACUUUUGCAGGCGACGCGCGGCUCCGGCACGUUACUAGUAGUCCCCCAGGUAACCAGGUCGACAAGUCCUUUGGCAACGUGUUCGCCGACUUGUUCGACGACAUGUUUGGCGCCGCCGGAGACGUUCCCGCUAAUGCCCGCCCCGAUGGUACAACCGAUGGUACUACUGGUGGUACUACCGGUGAUACUACUGAUGGUACUACGGGCGGUGCUUCGCCAAGUGGUACUUCGCCGAGUGGUACUCUGCCGGGUGGCCCUUUGCCAAAUAAGACCGUCAUGUUGAGUCCGGCAAAGGCGCCCUUGGAUGAGGCGAUUAGCAAGUUACUGGCGCGGGUGUUGGCGGAUUCGCACGUCUUGAAUGAAGAGAGUCGGAGUCGGCAGGAGCUGGAUCGAGGCUCAGAAGUGCCGCCAAUCUUGGCGCUUGUGGACCGACUGAACGAUAUGCAGAAGGCGUUAGGAUCGCACGUGGACAAAACUUUGGGUUUAACAGUUAUUCUGCGGGACGUGGUGGACGUGUUGCAGACAGUACGCCAGGAGACAGGGGCGUUGUACCGUGAGAUCAAGGAUGGACUUUGGCCGGAAAUUGCAGAGCUAGGUCAAGGUUUCCAGUUGCUUCGGGCGGCUCUCAUUGACCUGUUACGGAGCAGCUGCGCUUCCGCCUUCCGCUCCUACGCGCUGAUCGAGCCCCGGACGGAACGAGACCGUCGCCGAACAACCUGUGUCCUUUCCGAAAUCCUCGCGCUCACAGAGGAAGAGACCACCGGUGACGACCGUUUGCUGCAGCUGCUCGAAGCCACCGACUACGGCACCAAAAUCAACGAGUGGAAUCUCGGCGCUGCCCUGAACCUCUAUAUCGACAAUCUAAGACAAACCCUCCACGGCUCCCACAGGCCGGACCCAGGAGCGGACGAGGUAGAUGAAGAUCAGCGGUCAGGGGGACAGAGACCUGGCGGGCAAAGGCCGAGAGGACAAAGAGCAGCAGGGGGUGAGGGUGUCUACCGCGCUGCCCUACUCUAUCUGGACGCCAUCGGUCCCCUGCAUUGGCCGAGAACAUUCCUGCACAUUGUUCGGUUACCUCGUUGGAAUUCGGCAAGACUCGUGCUCGGCCACCCACUCGUUCUGUACUUUUCCAUCUUGACAUUGGAGCUCUACAACGUCUUUGGCCAGCUGCUGCUGCACAUCUUGGCUUCCGCUAUUUACCUAUUCGUCGUUGCGAAUGCCUAUCUGCAAUUCGAAUCUACCACCGAACCGUUCAAAGAGCGGUAUCAUCAAUUUAUUGAGACCUUUAGACGUAGGGAACGACUCACCAGAAAUAACUCCGAUGGCCAGAUCAGAAACUGGAGCUCAGGAGUCAUGGACGAGGAGGACCAACAUGGUUCUGACCUUAUUCUGGCCACAGAGCCCGUCAGCGGGCGGGCCCUUAGUUGA